CAUGCGCACAACAGCGGGAACCCUCUGCCAGCUCAGCUGACAACAGCAGCUCCUCGGCCAGAUGAUGAUGGCAGACUCUGGAAGUAACGAAGAAGUAGCUGUGAUCGUUAACACCGACAUCACUUCAACAGAAUCCGAGAACAACCUUAUAAACACGAUGGUGGAAAGAGGGACAGCUCUGUUGAGAAAAAUGGAGAUAAAUGUGGCAGAGGCAGAGAAAAGAACAGGAAAGAAUACGGUUAACAUGCAGGAAACCUAUACAGUCUACCUCAUAGAAAUACGGCCAGCUGAAACUGUUCCAGAGGGGGGUACGCCUGCCACACCUGACACUUUGUGGAGACGCUACAGUGAGUUUGAGUUGCUCAGAACAUACCUCCUGGUCACCUACCCCUACAUCAUCAUCCCUCCACUACCUGAGAAAAGGGCAGAGUUUGUGUGGCACAAGCUAGCAGCAGACAACCUCGACCCAGACUUUGUUGAGCGACGAAGAGUCGGCCUGGAAAACUUCCUGCUGCGUGUUGCAUCGCAUCCUGUCCUUUCCAAUGACAAAAUCUUCUUCCUCUUUCUGACAGAGGAGAAAGGAUGGAGGGAGGCGGUUUUGGAGACAGGCUUCCAAGACAAGGUUGACUCCAGACUAAAGUCUCUGAGUGCCAUGUUCAGAGUCAAAAACCCUGACAAGCGAUUCACAGCACUGAAACACUACAGUGAUGAACUGAACACUGUCAUCUCUCAGUUACUGAGGGUGCGGGCGAAAGUAGCAGACCGGCUGUAUGGAGUUUACAAGGUCCAUGGUAACUACGGCAGAGUCUUUAGUGAGUGGAGUGCUAUUGAAAAAGAAAUGGGAGACGGACUACAGAGUGCUGGCCACCACAUGGACACGUAUGCUGCAUCAAUAGAUGACAUUCUGGAGGAAGAAGAGCACUAUGCAGACCAACUGAAAGAAUACCUUUUCUACACUGACGCUGUCAGGUCAGUAUGUAGGAAACAUGAGUUGAUCCAGUAUGAAUUGGAGAUGGUAGCUCAGGACCUCGUCCAUAAGAAACAACAGAAAGAAGAGCUGGCUACUGGGACAGUACGUAUCUUUUCUCUGAAGGGGAUGACCAGUAAACUAUUCGGCCAAGAGAGCCAGGAGCAAAGGGAGAGCAGGUUGGCAGCCCUGGAGCAGAGUAUCCAGGAGGGAGAGGAAACACUCAAAGAGAAAAACACAGAGUGCGGCGAGUUUGUGCAAACAGCCUGGGAAGACAUUGAACGUUUUAAGGAGCAGAAGGACAAAGAUUUGCGUGAAGCACUAAUCAGCUAUGCCAUUAUGCAGAUCAGCAUGUGCAAGAAGGGAAUCCAGGUGUGGUCCAACGCCAAGGAGUGUUUCAACAAAAUGUGAGCCACUAGCUACUCUCUUGCACCAAAACAAUAGUCAAUCAGAUUGUUCAGAGUGGGAUCAUCAGCCAAUCGUUAAACUGCAGUCUUAUGGAGAUGGACCACGGGAGCCCAAAUACUGCCUUCACUUUGUUUGCUACGUUGAAUGAUUUCUCUCUCUCUCUUUCUCCCUCAUGCACACACAUUUAUUUAGAAAGAGUUUCCAAGUCAGUCAUUUGGUGGAUCCAUGGCUCAUUUUUUUUUUUAAUCCAAGUGUCUUAACAGUACCAUUCUCUUGGCUUUCUGCUGACGUUGCUUUCAUACUUUUUGUACCUUUUCCUCCUUUGUUGCACAGCUGACAGCAUGUCCAAGAGGAAAAUCCUGCACUAAUAAUGCACGAUAGCUGCACAUUGGGAAUGGCUGUGCAGUGUAUUUCGGUUGUUGCACUUCUGUCUCUUACCCUGAAAAAUGUAGUUAUGCGAAGCUGCGCAUUUCAGUCAGUGGUUCAUUUGACUCUUUUUAGAGUUUCCUGCCUUAGAGAAGUUGAAACAAACUGUGUUGUGCCUUUCCGAUGUUUUACUUUUAGAGAUUGUACUCUUUCUGAUGACAGAGUGAAAACAAGUUCUACAGCAUCAAGCUUGUUUGGUCUGAUUUUGACCCUUUUAAACACAUUAUUUGUCACUGCACUAAAGCAUAAAACUCUUACUUGGAUAAUGAGCCUGUCGCCCAUGCUAAAGUCUGCAAAAAAAUCAUCUCCCUACAUAAGCAUCUAUAAACCAUUCCCAGGCCUCCCAAAUGUAGCAGAACUUUGAAAUAAAAGGGCCGACGUUAAGGAAUUAGUCUGAGAAUUGUUGCCAGGAAUUAUAUCCAGAAUAAGGAAGUGUAAUCUUUUGAAAUUCUAGUUAUUAAAAAUGUCGGGCGGAGAUCAUUCAGAAACAAGAAAUUAGAUUUUAAGCCUAGGGAACAUAGACCAAGCUUUAGGAAGUCACUACAAAUUCACUUCCUUUUCUUAUUUUCCUGAAAUGCGUUUGAAAUGCUGUUAUUGAUUGAUAGCCGACCAAAGUACUUAUGACCAAGUACCAGUCUGUAUAGUACGGAGCACAGGAGAGGGGUUGACAAGCUUGGGGUAGUUUUGGUUAUUGUUAUUGAUAUUGUUUUGUUUUUUGUUUUGUGCCAAAUCAAAGAGCCAUGAGUAAGAUACAGUCAUGAAGGCCUUACAGGGUUUUGGUUACAGUAGAGCCUCUUUUUCUUGAACUCAUUAAUGGAGUUUUCGAAGACCGAAACAUUGCACCCCCAGAAACUACCUGAUCUACCAAGUGCAACCAUAAGUGUUGCUAGCAACACACUUAAUAGAUCAGUGGAGCCUUUUCUUCGCUGUCGAACUUUAUAGCCUUAAAACGAACAUUGGUUUUGUACAACAGGGGAGGGACAAAACAUUUGUUUGUCCCUCUUUGCCAACUGUCAAUGUGCCUCGCCCCUUUUUCUGAUGUUAAGUUACUGCACUAACUAAUAGACAUGAGUUCAAAGCAUGCCUUAGGUCAAUGUUUAUGAAACAUACUGACAAAAUAGUGGAAACCUUUAACUACAGAUGUUGGCUCCUCAAAUUCUGGCUCAGUACUUAUGCUAUGUACAUACACAAUACAUGUGCUACUUUUGCUUCCUUAAUGACAUCCACCUAAGGAGGAAGGAUUGAUACUUAUGGACAUGUAAAAGUUGUGCAGAGGUGACUUUCUGUCAGUUUACCCUACCUUUUCAGAAUAAACAAUCAAUUCACUCAAAUAAUCCCAAAUUCAGGCUUUAUGUACGUAUGUUUUAUAAUAAACGUGUUAAAUGAUUGUUUUUAUGUUCAUGUAAUCAUUGUGCUGAGACUCUAAUAAACAUAUUUCUUUUUUUAAACUAUUUUCAGUGCGUUUUCAUAACAAAUGUACAAAUGAGUCUAAGGUGAUGCUGAAAGCUAGGACGAUAUGUGACACUGCUGGUUUCACACAAAGUUUACAGAUUACUGAGCCAGGAUGCUUGAUGACUUUUCAUGUAUGGGACAUUUUGUUUUUCUUUGUGUCUAAAAGACUAAAUAAACUUAAAUGAGCACAUUCUUAA